CAGAAUUGACAAAGCCAAUAUAAUCAAAGAAAAAGGCAACCACUUUUAACGAAUAAAACAUACGUAGACACAGCAAAAACUCUUCUUUUUUUUUUAUAUCUAAUUUUAAUUUUCUUGUGUAGUUGAAGGGGCAGGGUUCAAUUCUCAAUCUGGGUUUUGGUUGUAGGGAAGAAAGGGAAAACAAUAGAAAAAUUCAACAAUGGCAAUGGUUUUAGGGAAAUCAUAUCUUUUUUCAGCUUGUGACUAUAGCCAGAAGAAGAAUCAAGAAGGUGGAGGUCCUUUGUAUUCUAAGAGAAUUCCUGGGUUUUGUUGCAGCAGAAAUAGAUUUACUUCCUUGAAGAUGAUGGCCUUGAGGUGUGAUUUUAAUGCGCAAAGAAUGGUCUAUUUGGAGAGGGAAAUUUUGAGCAAGAGAAGGUUUCAUUUGGUUCCCAUUAAAGCACAGUGGAAUCAGAUACAAAAUGGCCUUAUUGGUAAAACUCCAAAGUGGUGGGAGACUGGGCUGCAACCAAAUAUGAAAGAAGUGACAUCAGCACAAGACCUUGUAGACUCUCUGUUGAAUGCUGGUGAUAAACUUGUUAUAGUAGAUUUCUACUCCCCUUCCUGUGGUGGCUGCAAGACUCUUUUUCCCAAGAUUUGUCAAUUGGCAAAGAUGAACCCAGAUUUGCAGUUUCUUCAGGUGAACUAUGAGGAGCACAAAUCCAUGUGUUAUACCCUUAAUGUCCAUGUGCUGCCUUUCUUCCGAUUCUAUAGAGGAUCUCGGGGCCGUGUAUGCCAAUUUAGCUGCACCAAUGCAACGAUCAAAAAGUUCAAGGAUGCCUUGGCCAAGUACGCAACAGACGGAUGCAGCCUUGGGCCGGCAAAAGGACUCGAUGAGAAGGAGCUAUUGGCAUUGGCAGCCAACAAAGACCUUUCCUUUACCUACAAACCAAAACCAGUCCAACCCGAUCCGAAUCCUGUUCCUGAAAAGGAAGAUACCCCGGUAUUGAAAACAUGCUUAAACUCUAAAGAGAGUGAGGAGAAAAGCUUGGUUGGUGCUAGGGGAUGAUGUUAGGUUUUCAUUUUGGCAGACCUCAAAUGCCCUGCCCCCCACAGUUUCCGUUGUAGUACAGUUCCAUCUUCAUCCUUUGAAUGCUAACAUCUCAUGUUAGAAAUGGACAACAUAGUAGGGGUUGAAAUGCCCUUAAAGGCAACUUGUCUCCUCCAUAGAGUUGUAGGCUUUUGGAUUUAUUUUUUUGGAUCCUAGCCUGCUUCGGUUUAAGGGUGAUUGAAGAGCAAGUAGCUGUGAAUAUGUUGAAUUAAUGUAAAAAAUAAAAUCCACAUUAUCAUA